UGUGUUGCAAGACCAACGUCAUCAUUCUGGAGAUCAUUCGCCUUCUCGAACAAGUGGUGUAUAUACGCUCCCAUGGUAAAAAUUAAGACAUAUUUUCUUCUAAUGAGCAAUUGUUAAUCGACAUGACAUCGCUAUGACAUUUUUACAUAGGAACUUAACUUUUCUUGGAUUGUGAUGCUAUUGCUGAAAAGUGUAAAUCCUAUAGACAUCGAGCGCAUAAUCCUGCAGGAGACAAAAAUUUCGCGUGACCAUUUAACCCCAGAGAUAGCACUUUACCUCAUAACGCCUGAUUGUCGACUUUUCAAUGAACCAGUUCCUUCAAUUGACUCCUCCAUAAUGUUUAAGACUGACCCCUUUUGGGCAUUUUAUUGGCCCGGUGGACAAGCAAUCAGUCGGUUUGUCCGUUUACAAUUUAUCUACAUCCUCGACAAUCCAUCGUUGAUAACUGGCAAGUCAGUACUAGAUGUGGGCAGUGGCUGUGGUGCAAGUACCGUUGCUGCAUUAAUGCAAAAAGCGAAAUAUGUUGUGGCAAAUGAUAUUGACGAAGUUGCUGGCUACGCUGCUGUACUGAACUCUCAAUUGAAUGACGUUGACUACACUCGUCUGCAUAUCUGUACGGAGAAUUUAACAGCGGCAGCGCCACAGUCAAUAAAAGAAGACGUAAUUUUGUUGGGAGAUGUAUUCUACGAUGAAGAAUUUGCAGCCGUUUUGCAGCCUUGGUUGAAGAGUCUUCGCAACGCGGGUAAGCAAAUACUCGUUGGUGAUCCAGGUCGGCAUAGCUUGACAGAGGACAGACGAUGCGAUAUGAGACAUGCAGCUAAAUAUGAAUUAACGGAAAGUGGAUGCAUUGAGAAUAAUGGUUUUAAGUUUGUUAAUGUUUGGGAACUGAAAUAAAAGUGGGAAAGAACUACUCGUAUUAAGGAAGAAAA